UGCUUAUGCAAUGAGCGAUGGUCGCCCUGUAAGCGGUCAGAUAAAAAAGUUCGUGUUUCGAGGAAAAUCAUCUUCUAACGGAGACACCAGAGGUGAAUACCUGGAGAUUAUUAUACCAGAGUUACUUUCCGCUGGCUACUCGUUUUACACGUGGCCCUCUGCGCCACUCCUUGCUUGGUAUUUGUGGACCCAAAGGCGGCAUUUGCGUGGUCUGAGUGUAUUAGAACUCGGCUGUGGUACUGGGUUGCCUGGAAUUCUAGCGGCGAAGUGCGGUGCUCGCGUUACUCUUACGGACUCUGUAGCCUUACCACGCUCCAUAAGGCACUUAUCGGCGUGCUGUGAAGCCAACGGUCUGGUCCCUGGCCGCGACGUCCAAAUACUCGGCCUAGCCUGGGGUCUUUUCUUAGCAGACGUACACAAUUUACGCCCUGUCGACUUAUUAUUAGCUUCAGACUGUUUUUACGAACCUACACAAUUCGAAGAAGUUUUGUCCACAGUCGCUUACCUUUUGGACGGAACUGACGCGCGAUUUUUGUGUGCUUACCAGGAACGCAGUGCUGAUUGGUCUGUUGAAGCUCUACUGAAGAAGUGGGGACUAAAAGGAUCACUCCUUGACCUGGACUCAUUGAGUGAAAGCUCGGGUGUCGACUACAGAGCCUUAAUAGGCGAGCGAACUUUGCAUCUUCUUGAAAUACACAGCAAGAGCAGCUCGUCUGUACGUAGGCAACUUGCCAUGGACUGUGGGCCACCGUCAACUUAG